AUGUUCCUUUUUAUAUUCUUGGUUGCUUCUGAGCUCUACCAGAAUUGCUUAGGACAUGAAAGCAUUAAGGAAGAAGUGUUAAUUGACCACAAUGAACAUCGUAGAAAUUGGUUAGUCCCAGAGCUUAUCGUAUCCGAUUCACUCUCCGAAGAUUGUGAAGCUUAUGCAAAACAUCUGGUUACUUUAAAAAUCCCUGAUCAAAAGUUAUACAAAAUCCAGGAGAAGAGUUUUGUGGAUCAACUGGCUUUACCCUUAUCGGAUCCAUUAAACCCCAGCUAUACCGAAAAUAUUUGCGAAUUUGUGAAUAAUAAUUGCGUUAAAUACUGGUCCACUCAAGGGGCAAGAUGCUACGGCAUGUCAAAGAAACGUAGAAACAAACAUGAACAAUCUUUGGCCGAUAAGUUUUCAGCAAUCACGUGGAAAUCGUCUUCGAGCAUCGGUAUUGGAUGGGCACCAAAGAAUCCAGCAAACAAGAAUGGAAGAAAGAUACUGGUAGUCAGGUACUCACCACCCGGAAAUAUACCGGGAGAGUACGAUCAAAAUUUAGAAAAUCCUGACUUUUUAGACUAUUAUACUUUGUCUGCAGUUAACGAUGAAGAAAUGAUGGAAGUUCCUAAGACUUCAGGAGGAUCACGUGAUGGUCCACUGGGAAAUCAAAUUGAUAUAACUUUAUUAGUCCUAAUCUUCGAGUUCCGAAACAGGCCGAACCCGGAUCUCGAGGGAAGAGCGACCUCUGAUCCGUGGUCACAGAUCGGCUCACCUGAGUUCCACAAUGGAGUCCACUCCUCGCCGAGAACCAGCCAAGUGUGGCGCCCAACGUGGAACCCAACUCCCAUAUGGCGCAGGCAGGAAGCUUCGUUCAAGCCGACAUUUCUGGUAGAAAUCUUGAGUAAUCUGCUGGGCUCCAACUUAUUUCGAGAAACAGUUUUCGCGUGCAUUCCAAACGAGGCGGUUCGGCUUAAAGAAAACGCGGAGAAUUCAGCAAAGUCCAUGCCCAAUGAGUUACUGGUGUUGGUGCUUAAUUGA